GCGGCAGCGGCAUCGUUGUCGGUUCAUAGUCGAUGAUGUAUUAGCGGCUACACGAGAUUAGGCAACCGACACCUGGCUUCUUGUGAGUUCGUUCGCUUGCCUUUACCGGGCUUUUCAACUUUCUUCGACGUUCAUCCGCAAUCUCCGUCUCUGGCGCACAUUGCGCAAUUCCUUUGAAGAAAACGAACACCGGCAAACAGUGUCCACGCGCCGCUUCAUCAGCCCAAGUCACUUUACUUUUCCAUGUCUGGCAACGACACUUGGAACGAAUCAGAGACGAACGACACGCGGCUUGGUAUGGAAUGGACUCGCGACAAAACUCUCGAGCUACUGCACGAAUAUCAACAAAGACGCGUCCUCUGGGACUGGAACGCUCGUGGUUAUCGGGACCGAGCGAAGAGGAAACGUGCGAUCCAGGAGCUCGCCGAGAUUCUCUGCUGUAACACCCUCGAGAUUGAGAAAAAAAUAACGAAUCUAAAAUGCCAGUAUUCGAGGGAGGUGCAUAAGAUACAGAACAGCCGUGACUCUGCCAUUGGGCCCGACGAUGUUUACGUAUCCAAGUGGUUCGCCUUUAAAGCAAUGCAGUUUUUACAAUUUGGCACAAGGAGGUACAGCAAAAGAAAGAAGAAGGUCGAGGAAGAAACAUCAAAAUUGCAAGGGGAGUACAUUGUAAGCGAUAUCGAUCCCGAGAGCAUCACGUUCAUAGAUUGCAACGAGGAGACAAACGGUUCGGGGACUGGUUCGUUGAACGCCUCGCUGAGCGAAGACGCAGAAGAGUCCUCGUCGUCCAGCCUGAAGGCGAUGGAUCUGUACAACAGCUCGUUGCAGGAUCACAGUCCCAUGUGCGAUCUGAACGGGUUCGAGUUCGGCCAGGCGAAACUGGAUACCACCUUGAACGAACGAAGGAGAACGAAAGAAGAAUUCGCGAAAUUCGCAGAAAGUAUUGCUGUACAGUUAGCGGAGAUUCCUGAUUCCUAUUCGAGAUCGGUGGCGAAACUGAGGAUCAAUCAAAUCCUUUUCGAGGCGGAGAUAGGCGUUUACGCGCAAACACGUCGUUAA